GCAGGACUAUGGUCCGUGAAGCGGCUUGGCCAUCUGUGCAACAGCCUCGCCUUCUUCUCUCCUCGUGUGCCUGUUUUUCCCCUUUCCCCCGCCUUCCCCUGCCUUCCUGGGUCUCUGUCUUCUCCUUUCCAUUUCCCCUGUCUCCCCUCGACCAUGCGUGGUGGAGGUCGAUCUGGUGGCGAUGAUGGCAUGAUCAGCGGGGCGCGCUUCGAGUCGAACUCGUAUUCCGGGUCCUCGUCCCAUCACUUUGACUCCGGUGGCACCAACUACUCCGGGAGCAGUAGCAGUGCCAGUUGCUCCUGCUGCGCGGUUUCCCCGGUCAGCGCUGCGUACUGUUGCCUGGUGCGAAGAUCGUCGACCCUGCCCCGAUCGGCGCUGGUGCCGCUGGUGGUCUCCAUCUCCGGCUGCUGGUGGGGCUUGCUGCUGUCGUUUGUGGCGGUUCUGGGGUGUGUCAUUGCCCUGCCGCUGUACACGUCGCGAUCGUGGUCCCUCCCGCCGGCGGGGACAUUCAAAAUCGAAGUGAACCCCCGGUUUUACAACGGGGUGACGCACCGGUCCGGCCCGGAUGUCGAGAUGUACUUCACGCCGGCGGCCGAGGGGUCGCCCACGCGCGUCAGCACACUGACCGGGGACAUGGCCACCGAACUGCAGAGCCCCCUGGCCCUGUACUACCGCGCGGUGGAGGUCCACGUGCCGGCCGGCGGGCAGGUUGUUUCGAUUUUGUCCAGCGAGGCGUCCUGCCCGCUGGACUACCUCAUCAUCCAGGGGACCUACAACUUCGAGGACUGGCAGGAGGGCGAGUGGAUCUCCUACGAGUAUGAGGGCACCUUGGAGCCGGGGAAGCCGCUGGUGCACACGCUGACGGCCACCCGGUCGGGGUACUACUUCUUCGUGGUGUUCAAUGACUCGAUGGGGUCCUGCCCCCGGGCGCCGGUCUUCAUGCAGCUGUCGGCGGAUUUGCCGGCGUACCGGCUGUCUCCGAGCCGGCAGAUGGCCCUCGGCCAGCUGGUCCCGGUGUCGGACGAGCAGCCGGGCCUGGCGUCGAUCAUCGUCCGGAGCAUGGCCGAGGUGAGGUAUUACAAUGCGCAGGUGGCCUACUCCCGGCGUCCGGGGGCUUUGGAUUUGUUGCUCGGCCUGGCCAUCGGCCUGCCGCUGGGGCUGACGGCUGUCAUUGUGGUGGUCGGCCUGGUGGUGCACUGGGUGAGGGCCCACCGGAGCCGGGUCUCGCGACGCCGGCAGAACCCGGGCGACCACGAGCUGGGUGCCGUGCUGGGGAUCGGCUACCUGGAGGGCCUGUACCCGGUGUCCACGCAGCAGGGCUCCCCCUCGCCGGUGGGUCCGGCGGCGCAGGCGAAGAUGCAUCCGGCCGGCGGGGCGCCCGGCGCGCCGGACGAGCAGGACAUGGAGUCGCCUGACUCGCCGAUCGGGGUCUUUUCGUGGGAAUCCCACGGCGAGGCCCAUGGCGCGGCGCCCGACCGCCCGGCCGGGGAGGAUCCGCCCGGCCCGGGGCAUGGCGUGCCCCCGGCGGGGACGAUGCCGGCCGGCUGGGCAGCCGGCGAUCUGUCCCUGGGGCAGCAAAUGGACGACCCGCCGCCGCCGUACUCGCCAGAGCCGCCGCCUUCCUCGGGUGGCGACUGGUCCAAGUACUGAAGCGCGAGUGGCACCUGUACUGA